UGGACCGCCAUAAUUGGUCAGACAAAAUAGAUUUUAUCCAGAGCAAAGGUUAGUCGGGCAUUCAAGGAUUUGGGCAACGUUGUUUUGGAAGAGCAGAAAUGUUUUUAAACAAGGUAAUAAAGGCCGGUGUCCAGACUGGGCUCCGGUUUCAGGGCACCAGUACGAAGGUAGCUGCCAGCGCCGCGAAAGCCUCACCUGGAGGCUUUAGCUUUGAGCUCACUGAGCAGCAGAAGGAGUUCCAGCAGCUGGCCAGGAAGUUUGCCCGAGAAGAGAUUGUGCCCGUUGCCCCCCUCUACGACAAAUCUGGCGAAUAUCCUUUCCCGAUCAUCAAGCAGGCAUGGGAACUCGGCCUCAUGAACGGACACAUUCCGGAAGACUGCGGUGGGAUGGGCCUGGGCAUAUUCGACGCCUGCCUCAUCACGGAAGAGCUGGCUUUUGGCUGCACUGGGGUUCAGACGGCCAUCGAGGCAAACUCCCUGGGUCAAAUGCCAGUCAUCAUUGCAGGGAACGAUGCACAGAAGAAAAAGUACUUGGGACGAAUGACUGAGGAACCACUGAUGUGUGCUUACUGCGUGACUGAGCCGGGGGCAGGGUCCGACGUGGCCGGCAUUAAGACCCGAGCGGUGAAGGUGGGAGACGAGUAUGUGGUGAACGGGCAGAAGAUGUGGAUCACCAACGGGGGGAAGGCCAACUGGUAUUUCCUCCUGGCUCGUACUGACCCUGACCCCAAGUGUUCAGCCGGCAAGGCCUUCACGGGCUUCAUCCUGGAGGCAGACACCCCGGGAGUCCAAGUGGGCAGAAAGGAGAUGAACAUGGGACAGAGGUGCUCAGACACGCGGGGCAUCACUUUUGAGGACGUGAGGAUACCGAAGGAGAACGUUCUGAUUGGAGAAGGAGCCGGGUUCAAGAUCGCUAUGGGUGCCUUUGAUAAGACCAGGCCACCGGUGGCAGCAGGGGCCACAGGACUGGCUCAGAGGGCCCUAGAAGAGGCCACAAAGUACGCCUUGGAGAGGAAAACUUUCGGAAGGUUCAUCGCUGAGCACCAGGCAGUGGCCUUCCUGCUGGCGGAGAUGGCGAUGAAGGUGGAGCUGGCCAGGAUGGCGUACCAGCGCUCGGCCUGGGAGGUGGACGAGGGCCGGCGGAACACCUACUACGCCUCCAUCGCCAAGGCCUUCGCCGGCGACAUCGCCAACCAGGUGGCCAGCGACGCCGUGCAGGUGUUCGGCGGGAACGGGUUCAACAGCGAGUACCCCGUGGAGAAGCUGAUGAGAGACGCCAAAAUCUACCAGAUCUACGAGGGCACUGCUCAGAUUCAGAGACUAAUCAUAUCGCGGGAACUCCUGUCCAGGUUCAAGAACUGAACUGGGUUUGACCGUCCCGGAAGAAACCGUAUCGUCUUCCCUGUUGUAAUGUUUUAUGUAGGUGAGGCAUCAAUGGCUUGGUGAAAGGGAGAAAAAAGCUAGCUGUACAGAAAACCGAAACGAGAAAAGAUGGUUACACUGCAUGGUUAUAAUUUGAUAUGUUUAUUACUAUUUAUUUUUUGACACCACCAACAUUUCACCACUCAAAGUGCCUUCAUCAGGGCAAUGGCAGCAUGACCCCACCUACUGACAGUGACUUGUGUAUAAUUUAAUGCAUUUUUAGUUGCACAUCAAUAACCUAAUUUUGCCCAUGAAGAAGACUAGUUUGGAGGGGUGGUGCACUGAAUCUGUGAUUGGAACAGUUUUUGUGCGUCAGAGUAAUAAGCGAUCUUAUUGGACCAUGUAACCCUUCAUUUUGUUCGAGGUAUGAAUGAAUGGUUGUGAUUGGGUCUUUGUCUUGUGGAGGUUGUUGGUUGCCUUGUAUUCUCAAACCAGGAUGCCUUGUAUAUUUUAAAGUUUGAGCCUCAUGUCCAUGUGUGAACAAUGUAGAUGAACAAAUGAAAAGUCUUUGUAAUUUGCUACACUUUUUUGACUAUACAAUACACCUCAGCAAAUAAUAAUAUUGAGUUCUGUAACCAAAUAAAAUAUGCUAUUAGCAGUGG